GGGCUCGCGAUAUUUCUAAAUAAGCCCACCUUGAACUCCAAUCCAGACAAACCCUUAAAUCUUAACGCCACGGAUAGAGGCCCAGUGAAACCCUGGCAGGUGUUUCCAGUAACGGCGCUGACGGUCUCCCCCCAAAACCCCCGAGCUGUGAACAAGCUCCCAGCCCAACUCUCCCGAGCUCGCGCCGAGGUGGGAGGACUGUGACGUCACAAAUGGGGCUUCUCGCCCCGUGACCAGGACCCCUGAUUGUGAUUGGAUAACUCGGAUGAAGGCGGUGAUGGGGAAGAAGGGCGGGAACAAAUCCCAGAGACAAAGAAAGCUGGCCUUCGGGUGGGAAAGAAAGGGAGGGGCGACCGGAGGGGACCCCAGCCCGAGGUCCCUAUAUAAAGCUUGAUUCCGGGGCCGCGGCUCUAGGGAGCGGAGCGGAAGGGUAGCCGGGCCUCCGCCCGAGCGCCCCCAGCCCGCCGCGGUGGGGGCGAGGCUUCGGGGCGGGGCUAUGUGCCACCAGGAGGCGGGGCGGGGCAGCUGAGAGUGGCCCCCGGGUGGGGCCAUGGAAAAGCAGGAGGCUCCGGGGGCUGCUGGCGGCCUCAGUGGCGAAUCCCCGGGAGGGGCAACCAAGGGUGUGCCAGGAGGAAUCGGAGGAGUCGAGGCAGACGCCGGGCCGCCCUCCGGUGUUGUCCUGUUUCACGGUUCUGGGACCUCCCUGCACUCCGGGGGAGCCGUAACUUGCUGUCCUGGUUCGAGCCGGCCCUCCGGGGGGGGAACAGUCCUCGGUUCCGGGCCCAACCAGCACCCUGGGAGGGUUGCGGACCGCAGCGCUGGGUCCCGCACAUACCCUGACGGAUUAAAUGCCUCCUUCCCUGGAACCAGUGUAUGCGGGACCUGCCGGUCCCGGUCCGGGUGUUCUGGGGUGUUCAACUCGGAAUGCAGUCCACCGCGCUCCGGGUCAACUCUCUUGCACUCCCACAAACCUUGUGAGGACCGGCCCCGCAGCAUCCUAAAAACCAGCGCCUCCAUCUUUAUGCAGAAAUCCCCCAGUGCAGAGAAGAAGAAGUCCCAGCGGUGGGAUGAAAUGAAUAUCCUGGCUACCUACCACCCCGCUGGCAAGGAUUAUGGAUCUACGAAGGUGGAUGAGCCCAGCACUCCCUACCACAGGCUGCAGGACAGUGACGAGGACCUGCUUGGGGCAUCCUCUGGCUGGGCAACUCCCCAGGCACUGGCGGAAAGGUUUGCAACAAUGGACAAUUUCUACCCCAAGGUCCUGCAGUACAGUGAUAACAGAAGCUCAGGGUCUUCAGCCAGCUUUUCCAAGACACGUGAGAUGAGGGACUCCAGUGAUUUUGACAAGCACCGAAAGUCACACUAUGAUGAAGGAAAGUUCCUCAAGGCUCAGAGAAAUCUUCCCUUCAGUAAUAACAAGCACAGCAACGAGGCCAGUGCCAGUAUGGGUGGUGGCAGUCGGGGCGUGAUGCUGGACCCAGAGCCCAGGCCUGUGGAGAAAGGCUGGACGGGAGGACUGGCCAGAGGAGUCAAAGAUGAGAUUGGCCUGGUGACCAGGAACCACAUCCCAAAAAUCAAGGAUUCCCCUACCUUCAGAAAUCGGUCCCCACCUUCAGCCACCAUUGUGUCGGACCAGGAGAUUGAUCUGCAACGCAAGGAGUAUUAUAGCAAAGGGAGGUACCUCAGGUGCUCUCCCCACCCAGAGCUCGAGGAGGACACAGAAGAUGAGCCUGAGCAGCAGGACACCUCCGCAAAUUUUAACUGGGUGAGUGAGAAUCCCAUAAGCACUGAAGUCCGUCUGCUGGACCACACAGGAAGCCCCGUUCGGGAUCCCCGGACCCCCGAAGAGUCCCUGGCAGGGACAACAUCGCAGCCUGGUGCUGCCCUGUCCUCCAAAGACAGAGCACAGUCGGGCUGGUGUCAGUGGCUGGUAUCCAAGGGGCUCAACUGGCGAAGCCCAGAAAGCUUGGAGAAGAAACCUGGAAGCAGCCCACACUCCCCACAUCAAAACCAAUGUAGACGUGAGCCCAGGCAGGGGCGAGUGGCUUCCUGCGCUGGCCAGGGAGGGAGAGGUCCUGAGUGGACGAAACCCUGCGGCUUCGAUGGACACAAGAGGAGGGAAGCAGACAAUGGAAAAUGGAGCCAGCCAGGGAUGGGGUGGGGACCAGCCUCUCCCAGCCCUCACCACCCUCGAGGUGGACAAUAAAGAGAAGUGCAGGAGUCUGGGUGCUCUGAAUCGUUCGCGGAGGAUGGGCCUGCUCAGUCACUGAGGACGGGGAGGAGGAAGGGACCUCUGCACACAGGAAACCACAGUGGGCAGAGCAGAGAAAAAAGGUUGGAGCAGCCUGGGGGACUGGACUCAGCAAGGGCCUCUGAGGCCCAGAAGGCCCGGCUGCAGCAGGGUGACAGCGAUUGGCAUGGCUCGACCAACCCUAAAUGUACCAGUAGCAUCUUUGGUUCUCCCCACCCUGGGGGUGGGGGGCGGUCAUCAUGCCCGCCUUCCAGACGAAGUACCUGAGGAAUCUGGGAGCUUGCCCAGGGUCCCAUAAUCUCCGAGAGACAGAAUCAGGACUUGAGCCUAUAUCUGCCACCCCCUG